UAAAACAUCUUGAAUAUUCUUUGAUCCACAGCUGGCUUGCUCCUUUUGUGGCAUUAUAUCAUACGUUAUUUUAGCAGACUCGGAAUUGCCUGUAUUUUGGCUGCUCUAAAGUUAAAAUAAUGUAGAUUAUUUAUGUUCAUAUCAUUGUGAUAUCUUCUACCAUUGGGUUUUGUUUGUUUAGUGAAUCAGAAUGUCACCAAGUGGUAACGGAAAUGGCUCAACCCCUCCUUUCAAAUAUGAACCUGGUGGUAAACUUAUAUACCAUCUCAUGGCGUUCAUGGAAGGAUAUGAUCUACAGAUAUAUCCUGUAUGCCUGCGAACUUUUGAACAAUGUUUGAAAAUGAGCCCCUCAACAUUAUCAACCAUUGCUACAGUUGACAACAUGUCCUUAUUGGGUAGCGCUUUCUUUUGGGGAUUUCUGUCUGAUAAGUUCCAAUGCCAGUAUCUGUAUGGUAUAGCUGCUAUGCUCGCAGGGGUUGCCAAUAUAUUACUCGCUAGUACCUCAAAUUAUCACUCUAUUUUAGCAUUACGCGUGUGUCACGGUUUGGGUGUAGGAGCUGUAAAUGCUGCACAGCCUAAGAUAAUUAGCUCAUCAGAAAAAGAGGAUACUCAUCCGGUAAGCUAUGGUAUCAUUCAGGCAGUUACUGUAUUGGGGCGUCUUUUAAGCGCCAUCCUAACAACUUUUGCAGCAAGUAAUGUUAUCUUGGGAGUUCAUGGAUGGCGUAUGUGUUAUGCCAUCUUGGGAUAUGUCUGGAUAUUUAUAGGAUCGAUUGCGGUGUUGGGAAUGAAACCAAAAGGGAAUAAUGGCAGUAGUACUAGUGGUGGCGGUGGUGGCAAUGGCGAAGGAGAUUUGUCUAAAUUAGGCGGCUUAUUUAAAAAAACUACUACUUAUUUCAUCACAUUAGUUGUUUAUGUUUCCGAAGUUCCAUUUGUCGCAUUUACGUAUAUGAUGCUGUAUCUUCAAUACAAUGGAGUUUCUGACAUGAUGGCAGGUGUAGCACUUGCAGUCACGUUGAUUGGUGCUAUAGUAGGGGCCGGAGGUGGAGGUAAAGCUAUCGGUGCAAUACCGGACGAAUAUAAAGGGUACGGUUUAUUAGGAUCUGGAAUUUUUGCCCUUGCUGUCAGAUUUAUUAUUGGCUGCACUUUAUUCAUGGGACCGAAGCCUAAUGGAAGGAUGCUUUGGUUCCACUUCGUGGAGUUCUUCAUCCUUGGGGCUACUUUAGUUACCAUAGGAAGCGUCGAUAGGACUGUUAUAUCAGACAUUGCCGAAGACGGUGUUAAGGCUACCGCAUCGGCACUUAUAAGAUCUGUUGCAGGCAUUGCAAGCAGUUUAACUCUCUAUCCUCUUGCGGGUCGUCUAUCAGAAAAGGCCUUCGGGUAUAUCCCAACGACAGAUGACAUUGAUAUGAUGGACGAAACCGCCAAAGCGACCAAUUGCAAUUCUCUCAGGCAAACCAUCAUGUACAUCUUGUUAGUUGGCACGGCAAUUAACAUCAUUUUGUAUGGGUUCUGUAUGAUUAGCUAUAAGAGCGACAAAGGAACUAAUGGAAAUAAAUCAGCUGGCUGAUGAAAGUAUUUAAAUUCCAUACCAUUAGCUCAAAGUAUUUUUUAAAACAUAACCGACUUAUAAGGCACAGGGGAAAGAAAUAACAACAUUGGGAAAACAUAAGCAUAUACGCGUUAUAACAGUACAAAAAGUGAUGACAAUUGUGAAGCUUAAAUGAGCAGUCUAAUAAGUAUUAAUGGUGCUUUU